AUGCAUCACCGUCAUCCAUGCAACUCCAGCCUCGCUUCCUCUGAUCUGUCACUAUCACGAGCUUCACGAAUCCUUUCCAACAUAACCCCCAAUUACCCCUCGGAUUACGCAUUGAAACUGAAAAUCGAGGGAUUGCGUCGAGAAAGAAGGAAAAGAUAUCUACUUCCUCCCGUCGCAAUGUCCACUAUCGCGUCCCCACGCGAACCGCCCGCCCUCACCCGUCGCAUCUCGGCACAACCACACACCCCGACGUCUUCGACCAGACCCUCCCUCGAUGCCCCACGAUCCCUGACGAGCUCCCCAAACCCGGGCUCUGUCGCGGCGUUUGGAAACGGUACCGGGGGACCGCCGGCUGUGGGGCCCUCGAAGCGUGCAAACCGGGCCGCCCUCCGCGAGUACUACAACCUCAAGAAGGCUGCGGGCGGCGCGCCCUCCCUCGAGGUGACCGAGGACUCGGCAGACCGCGGCGGCUUCGCGGAGCACUCUGAGGUCCCGCCCAGCGAGCUGGAUAGCCCGUCCUUCGACGCCGAUGCGUACGUGCGGAAGGCCCUGGCGGAGAACACACUCGACGACUUAUUGCGGGUGUACACGCGCGUGCUCGGGGAGAUACGGGCGCUGGACGCUGAGAAGAAGGCGCUAGUGUAUGACAACUACUCAAAGCUCAUCUCCGCGACGGAGACGAUCCGGAAGAUGCGCGCCAACAUGGACCCCCUGAACCCGAUGGCCUCAACGCUCGACCCGGCGAUCGCCGGCAUCUACGCCCAGGCGAGCUCGAUCCGCGACUCGCUGCGCAAGACCGUCGCGCCGCCCGACUCCAUGGAGCGGGAGGACGAAGCGGCGGAGGUACGGCGGCGGAGGACGAGGCAGCUCGCCAAGGAAGUGGUGGGCACGCCGGAGAGGCUGAGGGCACUGGUCAGGGAGGGGAAGAUCGAGGAGGCCAGGAAGGAGUGGGAGAUGCCGCGCCGGCUGCUGGAGGUUUGGAUGGAGAAAGGUGUCGGCGGGAAAGACGUAGUCGAGUGUCUUGAGGAGGGUGACGCGGUAUUCGGAGGGGGGACUGGGGAGAGCAGCGUACGGACGUCCAAAGAUAGCGGCAGCUCGUAA